AUGAAUUGCGUGGCCUCGACAAACGUCGUCUUCUCAUCAUCGGUCCAUCAAUUAUCUGCAAAACCAUCCUUCCAGCUUGUCAAGAUGCUGAGUACUACAGAGACCGGCGUAGUCGCCCCUACCCUUCAUUAUAUCGUACGUCUUCCGACGACCUGGCUCUAG